AUGGAAUCCGCCGGAAAUCCUGAUAAGCAAGAGGAAAAUGUAAAUGAAAAAACAGAUAGUGGUCAAUUCGAUAAUAACAGACUUCCAUCAAAAGACCAAACGUCUAAUUACAGUAGCGCUAAAAAUGAAAACAGCUUGGAACAGUCUUCUA